CUGGGGCUUUUAGGUGUCUGUUGAAAGCCCUGGAAGCCGUGAUUGGUGGUUAUUUGACCUUGAAAGUGUUGUUUUUUUUUAAUCAUCAAGUCUAGUCACAUAUAAAUGUGGCAGCACACAUAAGUGGUACCCUUGUGGACUGUCCAGGUCAGACUGCUUUGAAACCAUGGCAAAGCAUUGGCGUGCCGCCUCUUUAGUGGCACUAGCAUUCCUGGGCUGCUUAGUUGGGACAAAUGUAGAGGCUCAGGACUUAACGUGGCAGAAGCCUGCACUACCGAUGUCAAAGGGUGCUCCACCUGCUCAGACACGACCACUCCCACAGCCUCCACCUCCACCAAAGGCUCCUCAGUUCCCUCAAGUGCUGCCGGUCCAAUCUCCUUUACCACGAUGGGCUCCUCAAAAUCCUCAAAACCCUCAAGUGCCACAGGUCCAACGUCCUCCACCGCCGACGUCUCCAAAAUAUCCUCAAAACCCUCAAGUGCCACAGGUCCAACGUCCUCCACCGCCGACGUCUCCACAAUAUCCUCAAAACCCUCAAGUGCCACAGGUCCAACGUCCUCCACCGCCGACGUUUCCGCAAUAUCCUCAAAACCCUCAAGUGCCACAGGUCCAACCUCCUCAACCGCCUCAGGCUCGUCAGUAUGAUCAAGUUCCACAGGUUCUUCAACCUCCUCUAACACCAAAGGUUGUUCCACGCCCUCAAGCACCAAAGGUUCUUCCACCUCCUCUACCACCAAAGGUUCCUCAUUAUCCUCAAGUGCCGCAGGUCCAGCCUCCUCCACCACCAAAGGUUCCUCGUUAUCCUCAAGUGCCACAGGUCCAACCUCCUCCACCUCCAAAGCCUCCUACUUAUCCUCAAGUCCCACAGGUCCAACCUCCUCCACCUCCAAAGCCUCCUACUUAUCCUCAAGUCCCACAGGUCCAACCUCCUCCACCUCCAAAGCCUCCUACUUAUCCUCAAGUCCCACAGGUACAACCUCCUCCGCCACCAAAAGUUUCUCAUUAUCCUCAAGUGCCACAGGUCCAACCUCCUCCACCUCCAAAGCCUCCUACUUAUCCUCAAGCACCAAAGGUCACAUCGCUUGUGCCGCCCAAUGCUCCUCAAUAUCCUCAAAUACCACAGGUACGACCUCAUCAACCACAGGUCCGACCUCUUCUUCCACCUCCUUCUCCACCAAGGUUUCCUCAGUAUCCUCAAGCACCAAAGUUUCCUGGCCAUCCUCGAGCAUUCUCAAAUUUUAAGUCUCCUCAAAAGCCAGAAGCUCCUCAACCACAGCAACCGCAUCAGCCUACAUCGCCACAGGCAUCUUCCACUUACCCGCCUGGUGCUCCACAGCAGCCUUCUUUCCAGAGCUGUGAGGUGGCAGAGAGCCAGAGAGUCCCUUGUGGAGGUCGUGAUAUCUCUGCUGCUGAAUGUGAAGCCAUUAGCUGCUGUUUUGAUGGCCGUCAGUGCUAUUUUGGAAAAGCAGUGACCGUUCAGUGCACCAAGGAUGCCCAGUUUAUUGUGGUAGUGGCCAAAGAUGCUACUCUUCCAAACAUUGACCUUGAGUCAAUCUCACUGUUGGAGGGAGGUCAAGGCUGUACACAUGUUGACUCUAAUUCAGACUUUGCCAUCUACCACUUUCCUGUUACUGCCUGUGGCUCCUUGGUUAUGGAGGAACCUGGUGUUAUAAUCUAUGAGAACAGGAUGUCAUCCUCAUAUGAGGUAGGACUUGGGCCCCGUGGAGCCAUCACCAGGGACAGCUUCUACGAAUUGCAAUUCCGGUGUAGGUACAUUGGCACUUCUGUUGAAGCUGUGGUUGCAGAAGUGUUACGCUUACAAGAUCCUCCUCUAUCAGUUGCUGCUCUGGGACCCAUCAGAGUACACCUGAGACUGGCUAAUGGGCAAUGUUAUACAAAGGGUUGUAAUGAAGAGGAUGUGGCCUAUAGCUCUUUCUAUACGGAGGCAGACUACCCUGUGAUCAAAGUACUGAGGGACCCCGUGUACGUGGAGGUUCAACUCAUUGAAAAGACAGAUCCAAACCUUGUGCUGACUCUAGGUCGCUGUUGGACCACCACAAGUCCCAAUCCUCACAGUCUGCCCCAGUGGGACAUUCUGACAGAUGGGUGUCCAUGGAUGAAUGAUCGCUACUUGUCCUCACUGGUUCCAGUCGGUCCCUCCUCUGGUCUGGACUUCCCAAGUCAUUACAGGCGUUUCAUUUUCAAAAUGUUUACCUUUGUGGACGCCAACUCACUAGUGCCCCUGAAGGAGCAGGUGUACAUUCACUGUAGUACAGCUGUGUGCACUGCUGCACUGGGCCACUCCUGUGAGCCAUCAUGCUUCAGAAGAAAGAGAGAUGUGGAGACUGCAGACCAGAGCAAGGCUGGGCCAAAGGUUGUGGUUUCUGUUGGACCUGUGAUCAUGACCGACCCCAAGGAGCAACCAGCACAGAAUGUCUAGCUCAACAAUUUGCCUGAGAACAUUUAGUAAAACAUCUGUAGCAUUUAA